AUGACCGUCACACAUGAGUCAAAUGAAUCAGCAAUUCCUCCAUCAACUAAAUUUAUAAAACGGAGCCUUUCGUCCACAUCUCUAUCAGCCAAUAGUUCCUCUGGUGAUAUAUCUUCUUCAUCUUUACCUAAAAAAAAGCAUAAAUUCUCCGAAGCGCCUCAAUUCACCACUAGUAAGUCGCUUAACUCCAACUUGCAAGACAAAAAAGAAAAUUUAUCGUCUGGUUCAAAAGCCGGAGAUUCAAGUGAUACAGGAAGACCAAACUACACGUCACUCACUAUCCCUAACCUACAACAGUUUGUCGCUAAACAAAGACCGACUCACAUUCCGCACCACAAUAUGAAUGCUCGAAUACUUAUCGUUAGAAACGUUCCUUUUCAGGCAUCACGGGAAGAGAUUCAUAAAUUGUUUGAGCCUGUCGAUGGGCUUGUUGAAGUUCGUCUUCCCAAGAAAGCCACUGGAGGUCAUCGUGGUUUUGCAUUCGUUGAGUUCUUGAGUGCAGCUCAAGCAAAGGCUGCAAUGGAGGCCUUCUCUGGAGACACCCAUUUUUUCGGACGCCGGCUAGUGAUGGAUUUCGCUCAAGAGAACUAG